GUAGUUUUGUCUCCCUAAGCGUACGUAAUUUACGUAUUGCGGCCUAUUCCACAUUGUUGGCGGGGCAAUGGCUACGCCAGCCAAGAAAAGGAAGAUGAAUUUCUCAGAGCAGGAGGUGGAGAUCAUCAUGGAGGAGAUGGAAAAGCAAAAACACAUCCUCAUUAACCACUUCAAUGCUGGUGUGCCACUACUGACCAAGAGCAACGCCUGGCAAGAUAUCUUGAAGCGGGUGAACGCCAUCAGCACGUGCCAACGCGAACUGGCCGAAGUCAAGAAGAAGUGGUCCGACCUGAAAACCGACGUGCGCCGGAAAAUGUCCCAGGCCCGUGCCACCAUGGAAGGCGAGGGCGAUGGCGAACCAGUCGUGCUGACCCCUAUGCAGCAGCGCAUCUGCAACCUGCUGGGCGAAAGCGCCAUCCUUAGCUUGCCUAACCACGAGUGCCCUGCCGAGAUAUCUGGCCAAGUGGGCAUCAGUUCGCCUGGCGGCGUUACGCUUUCCCAGAUCCCAUCAGAAACAACGUAUCAUACACUAGAAGAGAAUGUAGUGGAGUAUUGUACUACGGAGACCCCUACGACUGUUGGGUCUGAAACUCCGGUAGAGAUUAUAUCACCUUCCCCAGAUGUCACCUUGAAACCUCAAGAGCUGAAAAAUCGAAUUGCUCUGAAUUCAGCUCGGUUGCUACAAGAGCAGCGGGUCACCAACCUCCACGUGAAAGAGAUUGCCCAGCACUUGGAGCAGCAGAACGACAUCCUGCAGAUGAUACGCCGAUCCCAGGAAGUGCAGGCCAGCGCACAAGAGCGCCAAGCGCAGGCCAUGGAGGGGACUCAGGCUGCACUUAGUGCACUCAUCCAGGUUCUGCGACCAGUGAUGAAGGACAUGCGUAGAUACCUACAGAGUUGCGUCAACAGCUCACAAGAUGGUGGCGAUGUUGGUAAUUCCGAAAUUCAAAAUGGGCAACCGCAUAGUAUUAACCAAUGACUGGCAAUGAACUUUUUAAACCAAACAGUACCAUAACAUAACCGUGUUCAGUAUUGGAAGACUCUUUCAGAGGACUGACGGCCAGGAAAUGUAGAAUCUUAAACGGAAAAGUGUGACCCUUACAUCUUCGCGUUUUAAAACAUGAGUAAGAAAAUGAACUAUUCAAUGCCACUAGAACACAUUGUAACGCUUCCUAAAUCUGCAACUGCUAUGGUAAUCUACGCAUUCCAUAGCAAGGCAUCUCUACAGCCAAACAUUUGUUCUAUAAAUUCUUAGCAUCUGGCAAGCCCGAGUGUUUAACACAGCAAGACAGGAUGUCUAAAAACUAUUAGUUUCAAGGUUAGGUUAACCGAAUGGGUCAUCUUGUCUAUUCUUCUCUAGUUAGAGGGUCAGUAAUAUAAAUAGAUGUUUUUUAACAUAGCCCACUGAGGGAAGUUCCAAUAUCAAAAAAGUUUUUUUUUUUUUUUUUUUAUUCCUUCUUUUUUUUAAAGGCUAAAGUUAUUUUUAAAUUCUAGCAGAAUUUAUGCAGUUUUAUACCUAAUUGGGUUUAGGCAUGUUCUGGCUGAAUAUACACAUUAAAGGGUCACUGUAGGCACAUUAAUAACUUCAUUUUAUUGAACCUGUUAUAGUGCCCUCCUUAUCCUACCCCCAGAAACCUAAUAUUAAACUAAACCGAAGGCUUGGAAUCUUACUUCCUGACUUACAUAAUGUGACGUCACUUGUGCAUGCACAGUCACAGUCGGCAAUAGAGAAUCAUUGUAUUUCUCUCUAUGGAGGAAUUCCAGGAGCAUUGUGACGAGUAAGACUCUGUGCUGGAGAAAAGAUGGGGGUGGCGGGACAUGAU